AUGUCAAAAGCGUUUGACCAAAUCAACCAUAAGCGAUUGACGCAGAAAUUAGCAAAUUCGGGUAUUGGCGGUAACCUGCUAAAAUGGUUUCAAUCGUACUUGACUGACCGUCGUCAACGUGUUACUGUACUUGGUGUAACAUCGAAGUUUCUACCAGUUUGUUCAGGCGUUUAA